AUGUCGGGUGCGGUGGUGUGCUGCAAACUUGCGAUGGGGGCGGCCAGGUGGUGCGUGGCUGUGUGUGUGGCGAUAUAUGGAGCUCCGGAGAUUCCUAUUGGAUUGCCGAGACUUGGUCUUGGUUCUGCCGUUGGUCUUUAUGAAGCUUUGGAACUGAGGGACGGUGGAUCUGACUACUUGGGAAAGGGUGUUUCCAAGGCCUUGGACAAGAUCAGUACGGUGCCGAUGGAGGCCCUCGCCGCCGGCGUCGAUGUGUCCAUGAUUGGGCAGUUUGGUGUUGGCUUCUACUCCGCCUACCCUGUUGCCGAGAGGGUCGUCGUCACCAUGAAGCACAACAACGACGAGCAGUACGUGUGGGAGUCCCAGGCCGGUAGCUCCUUCACCGUCACUCGUGAUAUGUUUGGGGAGCAGCUCGGCAGGGGUACCAAGAUGGUCCUCUACCUCAAGGACGACUAG